GUCACAUGAGAACUGUUCUCUAAGUCCACUUAAGUCUCACUGUAAUAUUUUCUCAUUCAUUUGGUUUUCAAAACUGUUCUGCUAUGGUUAUGCUGUCUAGUGUUCACAUUCACGACAAAGGAUACUGAGUUCCACACUUACUUGAACCUAUGCUUUCUCUUUUUGUCAGAAAAACACAUGGCUCUGCAGCGUGCUGAAUUAUCAGUGUCUUCAAACAAUAUUUUUGUCGGUAUAAAUAUAUAGAGGUAAAUAGGGUCCAGGAUUAAAUAACACAAUGUUUUGUAGUAUCUUGAAAUACUGUAAAGAGCAGAGAAUUCUUGACUAAGCCUGGACUGGCUGUUAAAGCAUUGCCACAUGAUUGUAAUGAUGAGUAUUAUAAGAGAAUAAACAUAUCACGUUGAAAGAUUUAAAAUCCUAGCAAAAUAUAACGUUUAAUUAUGAUGCGACAAAAACUUAAUAAGAAAAAAUGACAUUCAAUAGUUUGAAAAUAGAAAUCAUGGCUCAUGAAUCAAUUGGUAAUUACUAAAAUCAACCGAUGUUGGGAAUACAUACUGUUUUCUCAUACUUAAGUUAUAAACCGAAAUGAUUGUUUUCUUUGAGACUUCUUUAAUCAAAAGUAAACUAAUAACGUAUCUAUUGAAUUGUUCGAGUCGACCGAUUAAAUCGUUAAAAAGGACCAUCAAAGCCUACAUUGUGAGUCAUCGCGCCCUCUAGUGGCCUGUGUGUUGUGUGUUUACAAUUUUUAAGUUUUAAUGGAUUUUCUAAAGUUUAGCAUUCAGACAAAUUGUCAAACUGGGUUCAUCCCCGCCUCCCGUGUUGCCCAAAAUCAAACUUGAAAUCAACAGAACACGAUCCUUAACCCACGAGUUCCUGAAAGGAAUUAUUUCGCCUUCUUUCCUUGUAUCUUUAAAAAGAAAAAAAAAACCUUCCUACCUCCUCCUCCGGUAAACAGUAAAGCACAACUUCAUUCAGCUUCACUCGGCAGGGUUAGGGGGAACCGAAGCAAACGGGAGCAUGGCGGAAAUUCGGGCAGACUUGUUCGCUUCUUUCCAGGCAACGUAAGGCGAGGUGCAGUGCGGACCGUAUUUUAGUUGUUUAUUAUAUAACCUUGUAUAAGGGUUCAACUAUUAAUAAAAAGACAAGAAAAGGCAGCGCACACUCUGAGGCGGCCGAUACCUUUCGCACUUUCAGAAGUAAAGAUGCGUUUUCACCCUGGAUUGUGCUGGGUCCUCGUGAAUGCGCUCCUGCGGUGUGUCUCCUCCAGAGCAGCCCAGAGUGGGACAGGGCAUUGCCAGCCGCCCAAGUCGGAAAGCGACAUGAACUCGUUCCUCUGGAAAAUCAAGAGAGAUCCCCCUUCCUUCCUUUUCGGGACGAUCCACGUGCCUUACACCCGCGUCUGGGACUUCAUCCCGGAGAACUCCAAGGCGGCUUUCCAGCAGAGCAGCAACGUGUUCUUCGAGCUCGACCUCACCGACCCCUACACCAUCUCCGCCCUCACCAGCUGCCAGCUGCUGCCCCAGGGCGAGAACCUCCAGACGCUGCUGCCCCGCGACCUCUACCGCCGGCUCAAGCGGCACCUGGACUACGUCAAGCACAUGAUGGCCCACUGGGUCACCCCCGACCAGCGCGGGAAGGGGCUCUACGCCGACUACCUCUUCAACGCCAUCGCCGGGAACUGGGAGCGCAAGCGCCCGGUGUGGGUGAUGCUGAUGGUGAACUCGCUGACCGAGUCGGACGUGCGCUCCCGCGGGGUGCCCGUGCUGGAUCUGUACCUGGCCCAGGAGGCAGAGCGACUGCGCAAGAGGACGGGCGCUGUGGAGAAAGUAGAGGAGCAGUGCCACCCUCUCAACGGCCUCAAUUUCUCCCAGGUGCUGUUUGCUCUGAACCAGACCCUCCUGCAGCACGAGAGCGUCCGCGCAGGCAGCCUGCAGGGCUCCUACACCACAGAGGACCUCAUCAAGCACUACAACUGCGGGGACCUCGGCACCGUCAUCUUCAACCACGACACCUCACAGUUGCCUCACUUCGUCAACAGCACCCUGCCGGAUCACGAGCGGAUCACUGCCCAGCAGAUCGACAGCUACUUCCGCCAGGAGCUGAUCUACAAGCGCAACGAACGCAUGGGCCGGAGGGUCACCGAGCUGAUGGAGAGCAGCCCAGGACAGACCUUUUUCUUUGCCUUUGGAGCAGGCCACUUCCUGGGGAAUAAUAGCGUGCUGGACAUCCUGCGGCAGGAGGGCUAUGAAGUGGAGCACGUCUCCCCAGGACAGUCAAUCACAGGGAGGCCGGAACAGCCUAACCUAGGACCAGAGGGAACGGAGAUCACCGAGGUCACCCCGACCUGGGACACGGGCACCUCGGACCAGGGGGCCACUGAGGAUGACCCCUUCACCCCUCACCUACUGCUCCCCGACAGCCUGAGCCAGCUGGAGGAGUUUGGACGCCAAAAGAAGCGCCCCAAAAAAACGCACCGGCACCACAGCAGGCAGCGGCACUUCAGUGACCUGUGGGUGCGCAUGGGAGCCAGCACAACUCAUCUGCCAAAUGUGCGAAUCACCAAUGGCUACAUCACAGUGGAGCCACCCCUGACGUCUGAGGAGCAGCACAGGAGAGCAAAGGCCCACAGCCAGCAGCCUCUGCCUGGACCCCGGUCUUCAGCAGCCCCCACGGGUUCUGCUGUAGCCUUACUCCUCUUUGCCCUCCUCAGUCCGUUGCUGUGUACCUCCUGACCACCAGGCGCGCUCUCUUAAAAGGAGUGUAUAUGAAAAGACAGAGCAUGCUGGGGCUGGCCAUGCUCCCUGAUGAGUUUCUGCACUGAAAGCAAGGGCAUGAGUGGACCUGCUAUCUUAAGAAAAUAAUAUAUAGAGUUUUUCAGAUUUAUGAAGCGUCUUAUCACAACUCAAAUAACUGACACCUUUUCUAAGAGGAUCCUGUAUUUCCCAUAAUCCAGUGGGGCAUUUGUAAAUUAUGUAUUUGUUCAUAAAGAAAUAUUGUAUAUUUAUUCAUUCUUAGAGUAUAUUUUCAUGCACUCCUCCGCAUUCAAAACAAAAGGUGUAAUUUAUAUUGAAUCUCUAGAGUGAACCUCUGCAGCUUAAAGGUUCAGGACAGGUAAUGUCUGUGGCUCUGAGCUGCGUUGUCCGCACUUACAAAGUCCCCUUUUAGUCUAUUGUGACUUCUCAACAUACACUCUACUCACUCCAGCCAAAGAAUUGCAACUGUGAGAUUUUAAAUUGCACACUGGAGAAGAGGCAACAGUAGGCAGGACUUUGAUUUGACUGUUAGCUGAGGCAGAGGGCUGAUGACUCAUCCGGGCCCUUUAUCAGUGUUAUGAAAAGGCAAACAGGUAAAGUUUACACUGACCACCACUUUACCUUUUUUUAUAAUUCAAAGUUGUUUUUUAAUUAGAGGGGCAAUAGAAUUUGAUAUUUUCUCUUUCCUGUCCCACAACACAGCAUAGUUCACAGUUAGGUGUACAAAGUUUAAUGUCAGACACUUGUAUUUUUAAAAUAAAAUUCUUGCCAGAUUAUCUGUGUGCUUUCAGCACUUUCUGCCCAUCAGCGGCAGGUCAGCUAUCAAACUUGCCUUUCAGCAUUUCCAUUAAGCCAUUAAUUUGAGAAGAUGAACCAAAAAAUUCAGAAGUGCAAGCUCGCUUGUGUAAAAUAACUAGUACAAAUGGGCUGUGUGGUUCUUUGGUUCUUUCAGUGAAAGCGUAGUGAUUGUGAAGGAGUUAAGUUCAGGGCUGCUCUUUUCUGAAAACUGUAUUACAAAAUACUUGAGUGCUUGCGUUGUGUGCUGUUCAACUUUAAGAGGAGUGAAUGCUUAAAGUCUGGCACAGACGGAACAAAAACAGAUGGCUUAUGCUCCAUCAACAGUGGUGCAUGGACCAGCCAGAGAAUUGGAACGGCCAUGAGACUGUGGUUCAUCAGUCUUUACCAAACCUAGUCGCCGCUUGGAGGAUGCAGCACAAAAUCCGUCUGUGCAAAGGAUGAAAUUCAAUCCAGAUCUGGACAAUGUAGAAAAGCGUAUCAUCUCAAAUCACUGCACAUGCAAACACUUGGAGACUAGAUAUUGGCUGGCCAUCAGGCUUCCAUUCCGACUACAAGAAAAAUAUAAAGAUGUUUAAAGCAAGGAGUCUGCAACAAAUUAAUUUACAUUCAACAUUACAUUGAAUCCAAUCCUGGAGUGCAAACCCAGGCUCAUCUACUGAAGCUGUUUCUCAGAAGAGAUCUCACCCUGCCCCCUAAUGGCAAAAGAAGAAUUACACCUCAGCCCAAAUACCUCUGAGUACAAUUGAAAGGGUAAAGGUCUAUAUGAGGGAUUGCAGAGCACCUGUCAUGGGGUUAACUUCUCACUAUAAACCUUUUACCAGAUAAAAAGACAUUGGGCUACCACCACACAAAAAAAAACUGUCUUUAUAUCAGAAAUGCUCCCUGCUCAUCUGCCACUGUGCUAUCUCACUAUAAAUGUCAAUAGUGAAAUUUACAGGCAGCCACCAAAACAGACUCACACAAUGAAAAUGUUUUGUUGCUACUAAAUCAUAGACACGUGUGUGUACACACACACUAUGUACAUACCCAUCUGCACGUAAAUCCUAAAUAUUUACCACCAUACACAUAUGCAUUCAUCUACACACUCAGUUGCUAUUUUUAGGAAAGGUAUAACAGAUGGGAUGGAGCACGAGCACAGUGGUAAGCAUCGCUACCUCAAAGCGCUGGGGCCCAGGUUCGAUUCUGGACCUGGGGGGCAAUCUGCUUGGAGUUUGUAUGUUCUCGUUG